GGGAGGAGUGCUGCUGCUGCUGUCACACCUGUUCGUCGCCUUUCUCCCCGUUCGCCAGUAUGGCUGAGGCUGGCGGUCUCCAUCCCUUGCUGGGUGUACAAGAGUGCUGCCCCCCGUUAUUCUCCUCCCCGCCGUUGUGCCUCCCUGUUGGGACCGGGAAAAGGUCCCUCCCGCUCCUCUUCUCGCUGCUGCUGCUGCUGCUCUGGGCAGGUGCCGUGGCCCGAGGGGAGGACCUCCACGCCUGCAAAGAGUCUGAAUACCAUUAUGAAUACACAGCAUGCAACAGCCUAGGUUCCAGAUGGAGAGUAGCUGUGCCACACACUCCAGGACUCUGCACCGGCUUGCCAGACCCCAUCAAAGGCACAGAAUGCUCAUUUUCCUGCACAGCAGGCACGUUCUUGGACAUGAAAGAUCAGUCAUGCAAACCAUGUGCAGAGGGCACGUAUUCUCUGGGGACCGGCAUCAAGUUCGAUGAAUGGGAUGAACUGCCCCAUGGUUUUGCCAGUGUGGCAACCAACCUUGGAGUUGAUUACAGCCUCACAGAAUCCUUGGGAAAUUGUAGCAUGUCAACGUGGACUCCUAAGGGAGAUUACAUUGCCUCCAACACAGAUGAGUGCACUGCCACUCUGAUGUAUGCAGUUAAUCUCAAGCAAUCUGGCACCGUCUCCUUUGAGUACAUCUACUCAGACAGCAGCAUCGUCUUUGAGUUCUUUAUUCAGAAUGAUCAGUGCCAGCCCACAGUAGAGGAAUCACGAUGGAUGACGACCACAGAGAAAGGGUGGGAGGUCCACAGUGUAAAGCUGAAUCGUGGCAAUAACGCCUUAUAUUGGAGAACAACAGCCUUCUCUGUGUGGUCCAAAACUCCCAAACCUGUGUUGGUGAGGAACAUUGCAAUUACAGGAGUAGCGUAUACUUCAGAAUGCUUUCCUUGUAAGGCAGGCUCCUACACAUCCAAAUCAGGUUCCUCAUCCUGCCGACAGUGUCCAGCAAACUCCUUCUCCAGCAAGGGAGCAACUGCCUGCCAGCAAUGUGAACCAGCAAUGUAUUCAGAACCAGGUUCUUCAUUAUGCAAGCCACGCCCAGCCUGUACAGAUAAGGAUUAUUUUUAUACUCAUACAGCAUGUGAUACAAAUGGAGAGACUCAGCUAAUGUACAAAUGGGCUGAACCAAAGAUCUGUAAUGAAGAUCUUCCAAAGUCUGUCAAAUUGCCCCCGUCGGGCAUAAAAACUGUGUGUCCGCCUUGCAACCCUGGAUUUUUCAAGACAAACAACAGUUCCUGUGAGCCCUGCCCAUAUGGAACUUAUUCGAAUGGGUCUGGUUGUGUUAACUGCCCUAUCGGGACUGAGCCAGCACUAGGUUUUGAAUAUAAAUGGUGGAACACUCUGCCAUCUAACAUGGAAACAACAGUCCUCAGUGGAAUUAGUUUUGAAUACAAGCGAAUGACAGGAUGGGAAGUGGCUGGUGAUUACAUCUACACAGCAGCAGGAGCUUCUGACAAUGACUUCAUGAUUUUGACAUUGUUGAUUCAUGGGUUCAGUCUUCCACAAACGAUAAUGGAGGAUUCUGAAAAUAAGAAGAUAGCACAGAUCACAUUUGUCUUUGAAACUGUCUGCAGUAUGAAUUGUGAGCUUUAUUUCAUGGUGGGUGUGAAUUCCAGAACAAACACACCUGUGGAAACCUGGGUUGGGUCUAAGGGAAAGCAGUCCUACACCUACAUCAUUGAGAAAAACGCCACCAUGAGUUUCACAUGGGCCUUCCAAAGGACAGCAUACCAUGAGGCGGGAAGAAAAUAUACGAAUGAUGUUGCCAAGCUAUAUUCUGUCAAUGUGACCAAUGUUAUUGAUGGUGUAGCUUCCUACUGCCGGCCAUGUGCUCUCGAAUCUUCUGGUUCAUCCUGUACUUCCUGUCCCCACGGACACUACAUUGACAGAGGUUCUGGUGGCUGCUAUCCAUGUGCAUCAAAUACUUAUUUGAAAGCUCACCAGCCUUAUGGCGAUCAGGCUUGCAUCCCUUGUGGCCCUGGCACAACAAGCAACAAGAUCCAUUCUCUUUGUUACAAUGACUGCUACCUCUCAGUCAGCCCAGGUGGCAGGACUCUGGAGUAUGAAUUUUCAGCACUGGCCAACAGUACAUCCUUUCUAUGGGGACCCAGCUUUACCUCAAAAGGACUGAAGUAUUUUCAUCAUUUCAACAUCAGCCUCUGUGGGAACAAUGGAAGGAAGACAGCUACUUGCAUUGAUAAUGUCACUGAUAUACAUGACCUUGGCAAGGAGACAGAAUUCUCCAAAGCAACAUUGUCCUAUGUAUGCCAGUCUGUAAUUGUCCCCUCUGAUGUAAUGGGCUACAAAACAGUGAUGUCUUCACAGCCUGUGAGCCUGGGUGACCGCUUUGUAGGAGUAACAACACAGCCUACUCUAGACAACAUAACCUCUCCUGCUGAUUAUUUCCUUCCUGAGAAUGAGGGCUUACCAGAUGUGAUAUUCUUUUACAGAUCCAGUGAUGUGACCCAGACAUGUAAUGAGGGGAGAGCCACUGCCAUCAGAAUGAGAUGUAAUCCCCUAAAGCGACAGACUGGAACCCUUUCUGUGCCAAACAAAUGCCCUGAUGGAACCUGUGAUGGAUGCACUUUUCAUUUCCUGUGGGAGACUGUUGAAGCUUGCCCCCUCUGUUCUACAGAUGAUUAUCAUGCCAUCACCAGUGCUUGUGUUGGAGGAAUACAGAGAACGACAUAUGUCUGGCGGGAGCCAAAGCUCUGUGCAAGAGGCAUUCCGCUCCCAGAGCAAAAAGUCAGCAUCUGUAAAACCAUGGACUUCUGGCUCAAAGUGGGAAUCUCAGCUGGGACUUGUGCUGCUGUUCUUCUGACAGCUAUGACAUGCUACUUCUGGAAGAAAAAUCAAAAACUGGAAUAUAAAUAUUCAAAGCUGGUGAUGAAUGCCAGUGCCAAGGAUAGUGAGCUGCCUGCUGCUGACAGUUGUGCCAUCAUGGAGGGGGAAGAUGUAGAGGAUGACCUGAUUUUCACAAGCAAGAAUUCCCUUUUUGGCAAAAUAAAGGCAUUCACUACCAAGAGAACAUCUGAUGGCUUUGACUCUGUGCCAUUGAAGACUUCCUCUGGUACCAUUGACAUGGAUCUUUAGGAGUGGAUUGCCUACCUCUCAUGCCUUUGCUGCAGGAUGCUUUGGGACUUCUCCUUGGCUAAUACCUGCACUUCUAUGAACUUGCCAUGUGGCCUUAUCAAUAUUCCUUAACUUCAGCUUCUUAUUGUACUUUUUUAAGCCGAAAUUUUUAACAUUCUCCCAAAAGCAAAACUGUGCCAAAUACAAGUGUGCUUUUAAAACUAAAUGUAGAUAUAUAUUUGUAUGUCUCUUGCACGCCAUGUCCCCUUUUCUGUGUUGUGGCCAAAAUUUAAGUUUUCCCCUUAACAGAUUUAUUCAGUGUGACAGUUUGCAUUUUAACUUUUCCCUCCAGCUACAGCUGAACUACCCUAAAAUAUCACUGUGGCAUGCUCCUAAGGCUGCAGUCCUUACCUAGGAAUACUCCCAUUGAACUUGGAUUUACUUCUAAGCAGAUAUACAAAGGCUUCUGCUGUAAUUCUUCCUUCCAGACAAUCCUUCUUGUGGGUGACGAUACCAUCUUAUCUUGCAAAAUGCUUUCCAAAUGUGCUACUGCAUUAAUAGUUUUGAAUGGAUGAUGUUAAGCCCCGUCUUCCUCAUUAAGGGCUUUUUGGCAGUGAAAUUGUAUUUGGGUCCCAAAUUACCAACUUCUUCACUGCACUCAGAUUAUCUUUUCAGGCUGAUAGGGGGUGGGGGUUUUUGUAGUACAGAAAAUCCCAGAGCAUGCUGUAGGUGUUUCUCAUUUACAGCCAGCCUUUUUCUAAUUUGCUAGUAAUGCCACCUAAACCUCUUUAAAUACCACUUUGGCAAAAGAUCUGCUGCACACUGAUCAUUAUGUAGAUUAACAUAUCUGGGAAGGAGUAUUUUUAAGCAUUGCAGAAUAUUAGAGCAUAUAAAUAAUUGCUGGAUUUUAUUCAACUUUUGUAGAAAGGUAGUCACUUUUAAGAAAAUCCAUACAAGCAUAUGCCCUAUUACCAUCUAAGAGGGAAUUGCCAGUCUAAUUGGCAUUGUGACAGCCUAUCAGGACUUCCAAGAAAUCUUACUAGAUUUUCAGCAGAGGAGUGUGUCCUUAAGCUAUGAAUGUAGGUAUUCAGGUAAUGACUGCAGUGGUCAACUAUGCCCCCUAUGUAGCAGGCAGAAUUAGAAUCAUUCAUUUCUCUAUAAACAGGUAUGUGGUGGGGGAGGAGAUCUCACCCUUGAAUUACAGACUUCAGUUCAGAGGGAAAUUUGGAUGUCUUUCACUUUCACUGGGGAAAUGGAUGACAUGCUUAACAUUUUAUGCAAUCAAGGCAUAACCUCUGAUCUUUUGAUUUUAUGUAAGUUCCCUUCAGUUUUCUUAAAAUUAGAUUUUAUUUUUAACACUUUUAAAUAACUAAGCAAAGCAAUCCUAGUGACCAGAGAGGAGCUUGUGGAAGAGCUGCAACAUUUUUUGCCAGUUUUGAUACAUAUCAAUGUGUAGAUGCCUAUGAAAUGUUUCUGUAUAAUUAUUUGAAUUGCUUGAAUUGUAGCAGUGGUGAAUGUGGUACAAGGUAACUUUCCCAAUCCAUCAAUUCCUUUAUGGAUAUUAUGGCUUCUGAUCUGGAAAGGUUUAUUCAUUUUCAUUGGAGACUGGCAAUUAUAACUCAAAGAAAUGGCUUCUUUCUCUGUACAUUGACUACAUUUAAAACUAAAACUUGGGGGAAUUAGUUUUUUUGGACUAAAACUCUGAGAAUCCCCCAAGAUCACGGCACAAUGGGUUGUAGUGUUGUUGUUUUUUAAAGGAAGUUUUCAGCUCUUUUAAAAACUGGUGCUCCUGGGUUAAGUCAACAUUUACUGGUAAUGCCAAGCCAGUGUUGACAGAUUACAGUACUUCUGUUUACCCUGUUAGGUUAGAAUAGUCCUUAAUAUUAAAGCAGUUAAUAAAAAAAAUGAAUAGAAGCCCAUGCCCUCAUUUCAUAAUAUAAUCAUGUAAAUGUCAAAUUAAUUUCAAUAGGUCACAUAAAGUUCAACAAGCCUUAUUUACAGGUAAGCAGGUAAAGAACUGCAGCCUCAGUCAUUCAAGUUUCUUUUCAAUGACAGUACUUUUAAUUUUACUGUAGAUACCCCUAGAUUUCUACACCUCUGCUUUGCUUUGCUUGUACUGUGUACUUUCCAUGCCUACAAAUGUUUCAAGGUCCUUUUAGAUGUGUACUCACAAUCACAAACACAAAUGUGGUCAUUUUUACAGUACAAUUUCAUGUUCUGUUUUAAAAAGGAUAAAUGCCCAUAAUUUAUUUUGGAAGUAAACUCUUCUGCCCCAAGCAGCUAACAGGAACUGGUUCUGAUACAAACAAGGCCAAAUUGAUUUGGAUUGAUUUUUGUUUUCUGGGAUAAAUAAUUAUCAGCUGCUGUUACCUCAGUUUCUCAAUCGCUCCUGACACACACACACAAAAGACAACAAACCUCAAUAUAAAUAAUUCAUAUUGGUUUAAAGACUUGAGAAAUCUUUUAAAAUAUCAUUUAAAGUAAUAUCAAACUAUACUGGAACUGGAAAAUAAGUGACUGGUGUGGAAUCAUUGAACGUUUGGAUGUUGAUGAAGUACAGUGUCCCUCAUCUUUGGCCAGAUUAAGGAGGGCUGAUGGGAAAUACCUGGAGAGCCAACUCCCAGUUCUGAUUUAAGUCCAAGUGUCCACUGCUAGAUUGUGAUUGGUCAUAUUGGAAUUAUUAAGGAAUAGGAAACAGAUGCCUUAAUUGCAUGCCCUGUGUGAACGAAUAAAAAGAUUCCAAACAGACAGGUCUCUGAUUAACUAAUAAGCAUUAUCUUGUAUGCUGGCCUGCACAACUUAUAAUGCACAAAGUUGAAUGCAGUGAUGUAUUAUGGCAUGUCAGAUACUUCAUAAUGUGUUUUUCACAGUCCCAGGGAAGCCAGAGAUAACAGGGAGUCUAUAAAGCAUUUGGAGCUGCACACUUAGUAGGUCUGCUGCAUUUCAUCUGAUAAGGUAGAAUUUAUACAAACCAAAGGAAUAUAGUUUAAGCAUAAAGCCAUUUAAAGCAAAUACAGCCAAAAUGGAGCAUUUCAGAAGUACCACAAAUCUGUUUUACAACUCAGUUUAUUCUUUUUAAUAUUCUUCCUAUAAUCAGAUUCCAGUCCAUUUCUAAGAGGAUACAAAUAUCUGUUCCUGCAUCAGUGAACCUCACCAGUGGUUACUAAACAAACUCAGCACCUUCUCUCUUUGAAAACACUAUUAAAUUUUAGGACAAUAAAAUGUAUACUGUUCCUGAUUCAGAGGUGAUUAAACCAGCAAAAAAACACAAACAACAAAACAACAACAAAAACCCUAGUACCUUUUCUAAGUAUUGCAACCCUAAAUGCACAUGAAGACUUGGCUUAACAUGGAAAAGGUUUGGUAGAGCCUCAAAUAAGAAAAAAAUGGCAAUGGUGAGUCAGGUGGUACAGGAAAAUGCUACAUUUCUCAGAGCAUUUCGGAAGAUUUAACUGCUACAAAAACUUAGCAUUAGGCUAUGCCAGUAUUUUAGAAAGGAGGGGCAAUUAAUGCAUUUGAAUUCUGCUGUCAAGUUAGUUAGAUAAUCUAAACUGUUCAAACUGAGUGAGAGAAAAAAGUAUCUUCAUUCUCAGUAGUAGGUGUGGCAAAGAGAUAUCUUUGAUCAGCUUCAAGACCAUCAGCACAUGUUACCAGGAUGAGUCCACUGCAUAUUAAAAUAUUGGCAUAGUAUAUGUAUGUCUACUAUUUGUUUAGCAGUCUAACUAGAAGAGCACAAGAUAGAGGGACAAAUAUGCAACCUAACACAGGUUGUAAAGCAGAACUUAAAAGACAUAUAAUACUUACUGAAAUAAUUGAAAAGGGGAUAGUAUUUUAUAUUUGAUUUGGGAAGUUGUAAAAUGUCAAGUGAAAGUGGCAAAUUAUUAAUUUAAUUGGAGGCUUAGCAUACUUGUAACUUUGCUUUGGUUUUCUAACUGCAAUAUAACAUAGAAAACAUAAUAUAUUCUGCAGAGUGUUCGGUGGGAGCAGGGACAAAGACAAAAAUCAAAACAUAAGAUCAAUAAGAGGCAAUUGGUAUAAUCUUUGCCAAAUUGUUUAAAUUGUGAUACAACAGUAAGCUGAAGGAACUACCCGCAGGAAUAUGGACUUUUAGGAGGAGCAGCAGCAGCCACUCUGAAGAUUCAGAGCAAUUCCCAUUGAAGAUCUUAGUAACCACUUUCAGAAGUAAUACCCAAAUGCCUAUUACAGAUAGAAAAUACAGAUGAAAAAAUCAUUUUGGAGGGCAGGAAGCUGGAAAUGAACCUAAAAUAACUGGGAGGCUGAGAUGAGAAAAGAAAUUACUUGUCAUGGGCAUUGCAUUCCUUAGCCAAAUAACCAGUGGAAGUUUAGAUUAUUUUUAAGAUUUCAAAUGUCUUACCAGACAUAAAUAUCUAGACCUUCUAAUGUGUGCCAUGUAUAUGAUGUGGUCCUCCUCUGAUUUAUUUGAUGCAAUCCUGUCAUAUAGACUGAUCAGUAAGAUCAGAAAAAUAUUUUUGCCUAUUUAAUAGUAUCACCGCUUCUGUUUUUUGUAUGAAGUUGUGAUUUAUUAUUCUGGCUUUUUGUUUCUGCUAUAUUUUGUACAUGCUUGAAAAUGGUUUUUGGAUCAAACUGUAACCUUUACAAACUGUGACCUUUGUAACAUAAGAUCAACAUGCCAGAUAUUUUAGUGUCCUAGAAUUAAUCGGCCAGGACUUUUGGGUAUGUGGACAAGUUAUACAAGUGUUAUUCAGGGACUACAAUACCUUUCUUACACAGAUGACAAUGAAUUUUUGCAACUCCGUAUGUUACAGAAUUGACUGGAUUAUAUUUAUAAAACUGUGUUUUUUCAGCUUUGUGAUGAUAAAACUGCAAGUUAUCUUGCUCUGUGUGCAAGAUUUCUUUUAUAUAUGAUCUUAACAGAAUUUUAUAGUUUCUGGAGGCAAGAGUUGCAUGUACAUUUUUGGUUUUAAAACUAUGUACUUUCUGACUAUUUUAAUGUGAGCAACCUCUGUUUUGGGAGAGGAAUGAGGUAAGAGAGAAAGUAAAGAUGCCGUUCUUCUGAGCCCUA